CGCACAUCCUCCGCCCAUUUAAACCACGGGAGGGCGUAUGGUCGGCCGCAGCUGCGUAUGCGCGAGCCGAUUGGAAAUUGUACGGGUACCUUUUGAAGUAACGACGUGGAAGGAAUAUCUUGCUGUGGAUGGUGAACUUGGUUCAGUUUGCUGUUAGUUAGUCACCGAAUAACUUUACAUUGAAACGAGUAACUUUGCGGUGGAAUUAAAAUAGUUAUGUGUAACUAGCAGUAUGAGACUAAUAGUUUUCCGGGCGAAGACGCGAGCAUUAUUGUGUAGUUCUGCAUAGUGAAUAAAUUAGUUGGCUAGCUAGCAAGUUGUAGCAGUGUAUUGCUGAUUCUUUCUUUACGACUGCUGCUAACAUUAGAUAACUUGCUAGCACACCUGUACUGGCUAGGUAGUUACCUGUCAUAACACUGUGUAAAAAAUGAUAUUUUGCGUACUCUCUUCCUAACUGGCUAAUUAUUCAUUUGGAGGUUACCAGCGAGGCAGCUGGCUAGCGGUAUGGGUUAGAUAGCUACCAUUGGGAUACCGGAGAAAGACUGGCUUUAGCCAACGUUAGCUUGCGUACCUGUUAUAUAAAUUGGGAUGCAAGCAACACCCAGCCGAGGUAAUAUACAUGGUACUUUAGUAACCAUGUUAGCCAGCUAGACAACUACGCAAAAAAGACGUGUCACUUGUUGGCUAAUGAUUGACAGGGCGCCGGCGAACUCGAAGGCUUAACGCAGCAGGUAGUUGGCUAGCUAAGUGGCUAAGGUUUGCUAGCUACCCUGGUCAGGGUUACUGGCUGGUCAGGUACGUUGGUAGUAGCUAGCUACUAGGUCAGUAUAAUUAAAGGUCAAUUAAAACGGACGAGAGUGGGAUUUCUGUCUGUCGGUGGCUAACUUAACUUCGUCAAAAUGGGUUCGUUAUUCCGGAGUGAAGAAAUGUGUUUGUCACAGCUGUUCCUGCAGUCCGGUUCGGCUUACGACUGUAUCAGUGAACUGGGAGAAAUGGGUCUGGUCGAAUUCAGAGACCUCAACCCCUCCGUCAACUCCUUCCAGCGCAAGUUUGUCAGCGAGAUCAAGAGGUGCGACGAAAUGGAGAGGAUUCUGGGUUAUUUGCUUCGGGAAAUCAAGAAGGCGGACAUCCCACUGCCAGAGGGCGAUGUCAACCCAGUCGCCCCUCUGCCCAAACACGUCAUGUUGAUAAUGGAGCAGCUGCAGAGGCUGGAGGUGGAGCUGAGUGAGGUCACGCGGAACAAGGAGAAGCUGCAGAAGAACCUGCUGGAGCUGACCGAGUACACGCACAUGCUGCGCAUCACGCGGAACUUUGUGCACCGCGGUGCGGAGCGGGAGCCCCUGCAGGCGCAGUACGAGGAGUUCCCCUUCCUGGAAAAGGACUCCAUGAUGGACUACACCAGCAUGCAGCGGCUGGGAGCCAAACUCGGGUUCAUCUCCGGCCUGAUCCACCGGGUGAAGAUCGAGGCCUUCGAGCGCAUGCUGUGGAGGGUGUGCAAGGGCUACACCAUCCUCAGCUACGCGGAGAUCGACGAGUGUGUGGAGGACCCGGACACGGGCGAAAUCACCAAGAGCGUGGUGUUCUUGAUCUCCUACUGGGGAGACCAGAUCGGGCAGAAGGUGAAGAAGAUCUGCGACUGCUACCACUGUCACCUCUACCCCUACCCCAACAGCAACGAGGAGAGGAAGGAUGUGGUCGAAGGCCUCCGGACUCGCAUCCAGGACCUGCACACUGUCCUCCACAGGACGGAGGACUACCUGAAGCAGGUGCUGAACAAGGCCUCAGAGUCGGUGUACACCUGGGUGAUCCAGGUGAAGAAGAUGAAGGCCAUCUACCACAUCCUCAACCUGUGCAGCUUCGACGUCACCAACAAGUGCCUUAUCGCCGAGGUGUGGUGUCCCGUCAAUGACCUGCCCGCCCUCCGGAGGGCGCUGGAGGAGGGCUCGAGGAAGAGUGGAGCCACCGUCCCCUCCUUUGUGAACCGCAUCCCGAGCGGCGACACCCCGCCCACCCUGAUACGGACCAACAAGUUUACGUCCGGCUUCCAGAACAUCGUGGAGGCCUACGGGGUGGGCAACUACAGGGAGGUCAACCCAGCGCCCUACACCAUCAUCACCUUCCCCUUCCUGUUUGCGGUGAUGUUUGGGGACCUGGGCCACGGUGUGAUCAUGGCGCUCUUCGCCCUGUGGAUGGUGCUGUGUGAAAACGACCGCAAGCUCAAGCGCACCAGGAACGAGAUCUGGAACACGUUCUUCGAAGGGCGCUACAUCAUCCUGAUGAUGGGCCUGUUCUCGGUCUACACGGGACUGAUCUACAACGACUGCUUCUCCAAGUCGCUCAACAUCUUCGGCUCGGGCUGGAGCGUGAAGGCCAUGUUCACCGAGAACCAGUGGACGGAGAGUACGCUUCGCUCGAAUGCUUUCCUUGCCCUCGAUCCCAACGUGACCGGCGUGUUCACUGGGCCAUACCCCAUGGGCAUAGACCCGAUUUGGAACUUGGCAUCCAAUCGUCUGACAUUCCUCAACUCCUACAAGAUGAAGAUGUCCGUCAUCGUGGGCAUAAUUCAUAUGUCUUUUGGGGUCAUCCUGGGCGUCUUCAACCACCUACACUUCAGGAAGAAGUUCAACCUGCUCCUGGUGUUCCUGCCGGAGCUGCUGUUCCUGCUGUGCCUCUUCGGCUACCUGGUCUUCAUGAUCGUGUACAAGUGGCUGGCCUUCACUGUGCGCGACUCCCAGAUGGCCCCCAGCAUCCUCAUCCACUUCAUCAACAUGUUCCUCAUGCAGGGGGACGCCGUGGCGCCCCUCUACCCGGGCCAGACGGGGUUUCAGGUGUUCCUGGUGGUGAUCGCUGUGCUCGCCGUACCUGUGCUGCUGCUGGGUAAACCCGUCUACCUGUACUGGCUGCACCAUGGCCACAGCAGCCUGGGGUCCUACCGGCAGGGCUACGAGCGCGUCCGCCGCAGCAGCGAGGAGGAGCUGUCUCUGAUGCGGGCGCAUGACAUGGAGGAAGGCGGGAGUCACGGCGACCACUCCAACGGCCGGGACGGCCAGGCCGAGGAGUUUGACUUCGCGGACCAGUUCCUGCACCAGUCCAUCCACACCAUAGAGUACUGCCUGGGCUGCAUCUCCAACACCGCCUCCUACCUGCGGCUGUGGGCAUUGAGCCUGGCGCACGCCCAGCUGUCGGAGGUGCUCUGGGCCAUGGUGAUGAGGGUGGGUCUUCGGGUGGACACCAGAUUCGGGGUGGUGUUCCUGGUGCCGGUGUUCGGCCUGUUCGCCGUCCUCACCGUCUCCAUCCUGCUGGUGAUGGAGGGCCUGUCUGCCUUCCUGCACGCCCUCAGGCUGCACUGGGUGGAGUUCCAGAACAAGUUCUACAGCGGCGGCGGGGUCAAGUUCGUGCCCUUCUCCUUCUCCCUGCUCCCCUCCAGCUUCGAGCAGGACGGCCUGCUGUGAGCGGGACAUCCUGCGCUCGUCCGCGAUUGGACGGCGUGCCGCUGGAGGGAACACCCACCGCCGAGCCAGCCCCUCCGCUCCCCUCCCAGCGCGCUUUACGCUUUAUUCAAACUGCCCGUUGCACUGAACUGCCUUAUGCGAUUGCAACCAAAUAUCAGCGUAUCCAGUGUGACGAGGAUUAUUCCAAAUUCGGUGCCGGUCCUGAGAUUUCCAGACUUCUGGGCGCUGAAUUGACUGUCAACUGGAGAUCGCUUUGUGUGACUUAUUUUUUUAUUAUUAUUAUUUUUUUUUUUUGGUUCCUUGCUUUAUGAGUGUUAAAAAUGCAGCAUCCUUUCAGGCCUUGCUUUGUAGUUUUAGGAGCUGGAGUCUCUGAAGGAGAAGCGUCUGAUUGCUUUACCCGCAAUCCGAGACGUGGAUCUUGAAUUCUAGGGAUCCUGUGCCGGCGGGUGCUGUGGCGUUCGUUCGCCGCGGCGGGUGAUGGCGCUUGGCACGACCCUCCCGAGCUGAAUGUACGCACGUCGACGCGCUCAGAUGCUGAAUGUAGUUCUGAUCACCGGUGGCCUGCUGAACAUCGCACUGGUGGGGCGGGGCUUCGCCUCAGCGGUGGCCUUGCACGGACACGCCUUCUUCGUCACGGAAACGCCGGAACGCGGAACACUGAGACCGUUCGGACGGUCGGAAUGUUCAGGAGCAUGACAACGGCCUCUGCUCCCGCGGCAACUCAGCAUCGAGCAAAUGCUCUGCCCCUGUGUUGGUAGCCAUGGUUAUGUGUGCUGCUCAACCGUAGGUUUUUUGGGGACCGAGUUACCCCUCAGGUAGAGGGGCGAAGCGAUUAUUAUAAUUUGGUUGGCUGUCCUUCAGUGUUUGCUUUUUACUUCAGUGGGAUAUAUGUAGCUGAGGCUGCUGCAAUGCUAAAAGCUAUCACAGUUCUGUGAUCCUGGCUGGCAUCUGACUUAAAGACAACAGGUCAUGUGAUCAAACGCUGACCGAGUCUUAACUGGGAUCCAGGAUUGGAUGUAACUGAAUCUCUGAUGCACAUUGAAUACAGAUCAAGCUAUUGCUUGUUAUUUUUGGUAUCAUUUCUAUUGCUGUGAGUGUUGAAGGAACACUGCACUUGCUUGGUAAGCGAUGAAGUGUUCAGUCUGAGUUGUCUUCAUUGUCUCUGUGAUCACUUGGUAGUUAUGAUUGGAAGGGACAUUGUGGGGCAUUGUGGGGGGGGGGGGAGAAGAAGCAAAAAAAUGUGACUAACCUGAGCCAAGUGACAAUAACCAUGUUGGGGAAAUGUGAAUUGCCAGUUCUAGAAGACAUUUGUCGUAUAGAUGAUGGGAGUUUGGUGCAUCUGAACCAGGUGGUCUAGAAUGUUGCAAAGUAACCUGCAGACCAUGCUCCACUAGGGGGAGACAUUUCGCUAUUUUGUAAACUGUUAAAUGGUUGCGUUUCCCAAGGGGGGCGGGGGGGAGGGGGGGUUAGGGGUUCA